GAGUUCAUGGGGCUUGAAUUUCCUUUGAAUUUUGGGAAACAUUGGAGGAGUUCGGGGGAGUUUUGAUGGGGGGAAUUUGUAGAUAACCCGGAGGGGAGUUCUGAGCAUUUGCCGCGGGGCGGAAUUAAAGGGAAAUCAUGUGCAACUUUAAAUUUUGGAGGGAAUGGAGGGAAACACGGAGGGAAGGGCUGACUUUGGGGUAAUUUUGGGGGUGCCCCGAUGCUGCGUGGCCCUGACCCGCGCUGUGCCCGCAGCCCCGUCCAUCCUGCGGCGCUCCCGGGCGCGCCGGGCCGGGAAGCGCGUGCGCUUCGCCCAGGUCACCGUCUACUACUUCGCCCGGCGCCAGGGCUUCACCUGCGUGCCCAGCGCCGGCGGCAGCUCCCUGGGCAUGGCCCCGCGGCACCACCGCGCCCGCAGGUACAGCCUCAGCCAGUUCGCCCACCUGCGCCAGGUGAGCCACCGGCAGCACCUGCGGCAGCACCUCCGCCGGGAGAAACUGCGCGCCAGGAGGAGGGAGCUGACCCAGAACGGGACGGUGCCGUCGGCCGAGGCCGCGGGGCUGACCUUGGCCGACGUGUCCGACGACGACCUGGACGUGGGGCAGGUGGAGGUGGGCGAUUACUUCUACCUGCAGCCGCUGCCCACCAAGCGGCGCCGGGCGCUGCUGCGCGCCUCGGGCGUGCGCAGGAUCGACGCCGAGGAGCGGCAGGAGCUGCGGGCGCUGCGCCUGUCCCGCGAGCAGUGCGGCUGCCUCUGCCGCCUCACCUGCGAGCCGCGCACCUGCGCCUGCAGCCAGGCCGGCAUCCAGUGCCAGGUGGAUCGCACGUCGUUCCCGUGCGGCUGCUCCCGGGACGGCUGCGGGAACGCGGCCGGGCGGAUCGAGUUCAACCCGCUGCGCGUCCGCACCCACUUCCUGCACACCCUGAUGAAGCUGGAGCUGGAGAGCCGGCGGGAGGAGGAGGAGGAGGAGGAGGGAGCUGCUGCCCUCCCUGGCCCCACCUGGCCCCCCCCCCAGCCCCCCGAAACUCAGGACUUCCAGGAGUACCUGGCGGAGAACGAGCGGGCGGUGCUGCACCUGCAGACGGCCGAGGAGCUGGAGAGGCUGAAGGCUGAGGAAGACUCUGGAAGCGGCUCUGGGGGAGAGGGAGGCGGGGUCUGCGUCCUGGGGGAGCACCUGGAUGACACCUGGCAGGUGAAACCUCCCCCGUGCCCCGGGCUCGGCUCCACCAUCCUCAUCCCGGCCCAGUUCCCGCUGGAGUCUCCCGUCCUGUGCUACCCCUCGGGGCAGCCGGCCCAGGUGGGCUCCCAGCCUUACCUGGCCGAGGCACCUGGGCUCUACUGCCAGGAGGAGCCGCAGGCAGGUGCCAAGGGUGGGAGUGGCCACGUGGAGCAUCCAGCUCCAGCUUCCAGCCCCCCUGGGAAGGAGCUGGGGGUCCCACCUGUCCCUGCUGCUGUGAGCAAGGGAGGAGCACCCCAAAAUCUCCCAGAGCACCUGGAGCACCCCCACCUGCCCAUAUGAGUGGCCUCAGGCCCUCUGGCUCCAUUAUUUAUUCCAUGGAUUGAUUAUUUAAUUGGUGGGGGCUGCUGUGGACAGAGGAGGUCCCUGGCCAGGGCCAGGAGUCCUUCACUCACCUGGUGGGGGUCACCUGUGCCAGGACUCAGCUGAGCUGGAGCCUCGGAUCCUUCCUGUUCUCCAUCCCACCUGGUAGGGGUCACCUGUGCCAGGACUCGCCCGAGCUGGAGCCUCCUGGAUCCUGUGGCAGCUCUGUCCCCCCUGGCUGCCUCCACUUUCCUUGUUUUUAAGGGAAAAGCUCUUUUUCCCUAAUUCCUGUUUGUUUAAUGAAUGUUUCACCUGGGCCGCCUCCCGUCCCACCUCAUCCAGGUGGUGCUGCCACUCACCUGCAGCUGGGAUGGAUGGAGAAACACCUGGAACUGGCACGACAGACCCAAGAGUCCCCAAACUCACCUGGAAGAUUUUGGGGGUUGAACC